AUGCCUCCAGCCGGUGGUGGAAAUAUUAAGGUGGUGGUGAGAGUCAGACCGUUUAACAGUCGAGAGAUUGACCGGGGUUCAAAAUGUAUCAUCGAAAUGAAAGAUAACCAGACGGUGUUGACCCCGCCAUCCGAUGCUCAACAAAAGGGCCAGAAGGAUUCUGGUCAGAAAGUCUUCGCCUUCGAUAGGUCAUACUGGUCUUUUGACCGAAAAGAUAGCCAUUAUGCUGGUCAAGACAACCUCUUCGAUGACCUCGGUCAGCCCCUGCUCGACAAUGCUUUCGGGGGCUACAACAACUGUAUUUUCGCCUACGGUCAAACGGGUUCCGGAAAAUCCUACUCUAUGAUGGGAUACGGCAAGGAAGUUGGUAUCAUCCCGAACAUUUGCCAAGAUAUGUUUAGGAGAAUCUCAACACUUCAGGAGGACAAGCACUUGCGCUGUACUGUCGAGGUGUCGUAUCUCGAAAUUUACAACGAACGUGUGAGGGAUCUGCUCAACCCGUCAACUAAGGGCAACCUCAAGGUCCGCGAGCAUCCUUCGACUGGUCCCUAUGUCGAAGACUUGGCAAAGUUGGUUGUUGGCAGCUUUCAGGAGAUCGAGCACUUGAUGGAUGAAGGCAACAAGGCGAGAACAGUCGCGGCGACCAACAUGAACGAGACAUCCAGUCGAAGUCACGCUGUUUUUACCCUGAUGCUCACUCAAAAGAGGUUCGAUCCCGACACCAAGAUGGAGAUGGAAAAGGUAGCCAAGAUCAGUCUAGUCGAUUUGGCCGGUUCAGAAAGAGCUACCUCAACGGGUGCCACAGGUGCUCGCUUGAAGGAAGGUGCUGAAAUCAACAGAUCGCUGUCCUCUUUGGGUCGUGUCAUCUCAGCCCUUGCGGACAUCUCGACGGGGAAGAAGAAGAAGGGCGCCGGUGGGCAGGUUCCGUACAGAGACAGUGUCCUCACGUGGCUGCUCAAAGACUCGUUAGGUGGAAACAGUAUGACAGCCAUGAUUGCAGCUAUCAGUCCGGCAGACAUCAAUUACGACGAAACCUUGAGUACACUUCGUUACGCCGAUUCAGCCAAGAGAAUCAAGAACCACGCCGUGGUCAACGAGGACGCCAACGCGCGCAUGAUCAGAGAGCUCAAGGAAGAACUAGCUCUAUUGAGGGGCCAACUCGGGGGCGGCGGUGGAGUUCCAGGUGCCGCUGGCGCAGCUGCCGGAGGCGGUACUAUCACGGCUGAAGAGGUCUACCCGGAAGGCACGCCGCUGGAGAAACAGUUCGUCUCCAUCACGUCUUCGGAUGGCGCCGUCAAGAAAGUAUCCAAGGCCGAAAUCGCAGAGCAACUCAACCAAAGUGAGAAGCUGCUAUCGGAUCUUAAUCAGACUUGGGAGCAGAAGUUGCAAAAAACUGAAGAGAUCCACAAAGAGCGUGAGGCUGCUCUCGAGGAACUCGGCAUCAGCAUCGAAAAAGGUUUUAUUGGGCUGUCCACGCCCAAGAAGAUGCCUCAUUUGGUUAACCUUUCGGACGAUCCACUACUUGCUGAGUGUCUGGUGUACAAUCUGAAGCCAGGGCUGACGACAGUUGGAAACAUGGACACCAACGCCGAAAAUCAAGCCAACAUUCGUCUUAACGGGACGCGAAUUCUCCACGACCAUUGCGCCUUCGAAAACCAGCAAGACGGUACCGUCAUGAUUAUCCCGAGAGAAGGCGCGUCCGUGAUGGUCAACGGAAAACGGAUCGAAGAGCCUAAGCAGCUUCAUUCCGGCUAUCGUGUGAUCCUAGGCGACUUCCACAUUUUCCGUUUUAAUCACCCGAUGGAGGCACAGAAGGAGCGCGCCGACAAGAGCCUUCUCCGCCAGUCUGUUACGGCAAGUCAGCUGCAGGGCCUCGAAGGGAAGGCAAUCACGCCAUCUGCCAGCCCUCGCCCGGGUCAUGAGCGCAAUUGGAGCAAGGCUGGGUCAGACUUUGGUGACAGCAGACCGGACUCGCCAAUUCCCUUCCGCCCAGGUCGUGACAACGAUUGGAGUUUUGCACGCCGCGAGGCAGCAGAGGCUAUCCUUGGACCGAACCAAAACCUGGCGAGUCUUACGGACGACGAGCUAAAUGCUUUAUUUGAAGGGAUUCAGCGAGCUCGUGCAGAGCGUGUCAAUGGACGCGAUGGAGAUGACGACACGGAAUCAGUCACUUCCUACCCUAUACGAGAGAAGUACAUGUCAACCGGCACGAUUGACAACUUCUCACUCGACACGGCUCUGACCAUGCCAUCAACACCGAAGCCAGGCGAAGUCGACGACAAGAUGCGAGAGGUGCGGGAAGAGAUGCAAUCUCAGCUCGACAGGCAGAAGGAAGAGUACCAGGAGCAGCUCAAGACUGCGGAAGCAGCCAACGUCGAGGUCGAAGAGAUCAAGAAGGAAAAGGUCCGCAUGGAGGAGACUCUGAAGACUAUCAAGGAAGAUAUGCAACAACAACUUGAGGUCCAGCGCCGACAAUUCGAGGAAAAGCUUGAGAAAAUGGAUCCACUCAAGCGGCCAAAGGCGAACCCCAAGUUAUCAGACGAAGAGCUCGAAAUUGCCCGACAAGUUGUCAAGCACUGGCGGACCAGGCGUUACGUGCGCAUGGCCGAAGCGGUCCUUCAGCAUGCUUCUGCACUCAAGGAGGCACAGAUCAUGAGCAACGAGCUGGACGAAGGCGUGGUGUUCCAAUUCACGGUCAUCGACGUUGGCCACUCAUUAUGUUCCUCUUAUGACAUGGUCCUGAAUGGGUUGACUGGCGAAGGCGACGACAUUGCUCUUGAUGAAGCACAGAAGCCGUGCAUUGGCGUUCGUGUCAUUGACUACAAGAAUAGCGUCGUCCACCUUUGGAGCUUGGAAAAACUUCACGAUCGGGUUCGACAGAUGAGGCAAAUGCACCAGUACCUCGAUCAGCCCGAGUAUGCUCAACAUCUCAGCCUCGAUAAUCCCUUUGUCGAGACUUGCAUGCCGCAGUACACCUUGGUUGGGGAGGUUGACGUCCCAUUAAAGGCAGUCUUCCAAAGCAGAGUCCAGGACUUUGCCUUGGACGUUCUGUCUCCCCACACCUCCCAUGCCAUUGGCAUGAUCAAGCUUUCCUUGGAGCCAUCUCACGCCAGAGCGCCUUCCAACACUCUCAAGUUCAAUGUCGUUAUGCACGAAAUGGUAGGCUUCGCCGAGAGAGAAGGUACCGAGGUGCACGCGCAGCUGUUCAUUCCUGGAGUGUCCGAGGAGGACGGAAUUACGACUACGCAGAUGAUCAAGGAUUUCGAUGAAGGCCCGAUUCGCUUCGAGAGCGUACACAGCAUGAGCGUCCCUCUUUUCAGCCCGCAGACCGUCACUCUCAGAGCCGCCAUCUUCGCCAAGGUCUCGGCUAUGCAUUUGGAUAAGCUCUUGAGUUGGGACGACAUGAGAGAUGCCGUGCCCCUUUCUCGAGGUAAAGGCAAGAACGCUCGCAUUGCGGAGUCCCAAUUUUUCACGGAAGAGAAACACGACAUGUUGGCAAGAAUACAGAUCCUUGAGCUCAAUGAGGAAGGAGAGUAUGCUCCUGUCGAAGUUGCUCAGACAAGCGAAAUGGAUGGCGGCACGUUCCACCUCCAUCAAGGAUUGCAGCGCCGAAUCGCCAUCAACAUCACGCACAGCUCCGGCGAUGCCUUGCCUUGGGAUGAUGCUAUGAAUCUUAGGGUUGGCAAGAUCCAACUCUUGGACCAGGCAGGAAAGUCCCCGGACAUGGGCUCGACAUCCCCGGCGAUCACCCUCAAGCUCGCCAACAAGCCUACUUUCCGCGAUAACGCAAAUGGUACCCGAAGCAUCACGCUGACCGGCCAGUGGGACUCAAGUUUGCACAACUCCUUACUGCUAGACAGGGUUACCGCAGACAAGUACCGCGUGCAGAUGACGGUGGCCUGGGAGAUUAGCUCCAGCAAGUUUGCAGAGCCGAUGAAGUUCGCCAUGCACGUUUGCUGUCAAAUCAUGUCCAGAUCAUACGUGAGGCAGACCUCCAUGUUCUCUGCACUGUGGCAAAGCGUUCGGUUUGUCCACGCCACCAGCGCCAUCUUCACUCUCUCAAUGCGUCCAGCGCCUAUCAAGAGAAUCGGUGACCUUUGGAGGAUGAGCAGUCAACACGACUAUGUAAAGGGCGAAGAGCAGCUUACAACUUGGACACCACGCGGGGUUUCUCUUGUCAGCGACUUUAUUCUUUCUCGUAAGAAGAGAAGGCGUAUAGCUGAAAUCGGGUCCGCGCAGCUCCUGCUUAAGAAAAUUGGGCUCCCCGAGCCUAGGGUGAAGCCCGCGGAAGAGCCUCAAGAAGAGGAUAUACCUCCUCAACCGACUUUUGAUCAUGACGACGAUGACCUCUUGAACGACACCCCAGAGAGUUCACAAGUUCCAGAGGACGACUUUUUGAAUGGAGAUGGCCAGGACACGCCACAACAAGACGCGGAGACUGGGACAGAGACUGCUACGGUACAGGAACCUGAAGAACCCAAGGAGCCAGAAAUGCCAGAGCGAGAGAAGUACCUCGUCGAGAGGUGCCUCAAGCUAUGGAACAAGUACCCUGAUCCUCUGUUGCAGAUUCUCAGCCCAGCCAACACUGAUCCACCAGCCGAUGGCGCUGCACCCGAACCUGCCGCGCCGAUGUUGAUUCCCACGAUCAUCCGAGUUCCAAAGAACCCCAAGGUUCUUAAGGGUGGUUACUUGCUGGUACCCAACAGCAGUUCAACAAGAUGGGUCAAGAGAUUUGUGGAAUUGCGUCGACCCUACCUUCAUAUCCACUCCGUCACUGACGGUGAUGAGGUGGCAAUUGUCAGUCUCCGCAACUCGCGCGUCGACAGCCAACCUGGCGUCAUCGGGCUUUUGUCGGGCGAAGACGACGACACAAGCUCGCAAGCCAACGGGAGCGUCGAAGAGUUCCGGCCAAGUCACCGUCGGACUGCCUCAGGGCGUGUCAUCUCCAGCAUCUGGACUGGCACAGGCACAGGUGGCGCUCAGACCGGACCUAAUGGUGGCCUCCAACGGCUGAGUGAACGACUGCAAGCUGGCGUAUUCGCCAUUUACGGUACCGACAACACAUGGCUGUUUGCCGGGCGCAGCGAGCGCGACAAGAUGGACUGGAUCUUCCGAAUCGACCAAAGCUACUUCUCGAGCAGCGAUAGUGCCAAUGGUAGCGGCACCGGCAGCCCUGACAGAUAUGACGACUCUCUCAUCGGCGGUUAUUGA